GCGGAUAACUCUAAAUAACUAAUCCUGUGCGGAAAUCUCAGUUGAUGUUGAGAAAGCUGAUAAGAUGACCCAACUAGAAGAAGUAAGUGAGAAGCUAGACGAGAACCUUCUGGAAUUCUUUGAUGUCCUGGGUCAAGUGUAUCAGGAACAGGCUAAGCUUGAGCAAUAUAUGAAAGAUGGCUACUUGAACUUGUCCAGGGCUCGUUACACCAUGGGCGUCAAGUCCGUCAGUGCUACCCAGUUACCUGAUGAGAUGGACCCUCUCCUCACCGUUCUUGUGAAUGGAGAAAAGGAAGACACUACAUUUGAGUUUCAAAAACCAGUACCAAGAUCAAAAGAUUCUGUGAAAGAUGAUAUAAUACGCAAGAGAAAUGUGAAAGAAAAACAUUCUGAUGGAGAUGCUCCUGAAGUUGAAACUAUUGGUUCUGCGGGUGAUUCUUCUGAUGCUGCCAAAGACAAGUCUUCAGGGGAAAAGCCUAAUCAUGUUGAUCCAUUGAAAUGGUUUGGAGUGCUUGUUCCACAAACUCUGAGGAGAAGUCAGUCAAGUUUCCAAGAAGCUUCAAGUUUAGCUGUGACAGUUGCAAACUUGAAGCUGAAACUUGGUAAUCUUACAGAAGAAUAUAAGAAAUUGUUAGCCGAGAAACAAAAAUUGCUCUCUGUUAAAAGUUAGAUCUGAACUUAAAAGUAUGCUAUUAUUCAAUAUUUGAUUAUUUUCAACCUGAUUUCUGGAAGAAAUUGGCUUUGAAUGAAUAUUCUGUUUGAGAACUCCUCUCUUCUGAACAAACAUGAAAA